UUUCAGUCAUCAAAACAAGCAUUCUCUCAGCUACAGCAAAAGUCCCGUGUGAUGCAGCAAUCUGGUGAGAAUCUAUCUCAGCAGCCGAUUUCCUAGGCAACUAAACUACAGUUUCCAUGGUCAGGGAAAGUUCCCUAAGGCCAACAGUCUUGCUACUGCAGCUGCUGUGCCUGGGUCUUCAACAACAGCAGCUACAACUCCUGCUUUAGCACAUCUUGGUGGGCAGGUUGCAGUUCCUCCUUGUAAUUGGACAGAACACACCUUCCCUUAAGGGUACAAGUACUACUAUAACAGUGUAACAAGUGGAAAGAAGUUGUAGUGGGAGAAGCCCGAGGAGUUAACCUUAUAUGAGCAAGACAGCAGCAAAAUUCCCUCAUCCACAAAAACUUCCGGUUCAACAGUUUCAAUCUCAAUCACAGUCACUGUGACAACUACAGCUCCUAUGCCUAUCAACCAAAGAAGGCCCUCAGUCACAACAAAGUCGGAUUCAACCACAGAUGCAUCACCACCAACAGCUGCAGCAACCUUUUUUUAAUUCACCGCUUAGUGCCCAAGUCGUCUGUUAUUUGAUUGUUUUAGUACGAUAUAUGUUGCCUUUAGCCAAUGGCUAAGCUAAGGCUAGGUUAUGCCUUAUAAUCACUCCAUAAUAUGUGGAUAUUUGUUUAUUUCAGUGCCAGGGAUCUGUUUCGUUGGUCAUCUAAAUGCUCAGGUUUCAGCCAAUGCAGGUGUUGGUUCUGCUCGUUUCCACCAGGGCCUUCACGCUUCAGGUACGGGAGUGGGCAUGGAAGAACAAACCUACAGCUAUGGACUAGUAAGUGAAAAAGAGAAAGUUUUGAAGGUUAAUGAAAUGUCACAGCUUCUCAAUAAGCCUUCACUUAAACCCAUCCAGACUGAUUAUGGUGAUGUUAUCGACUGUGUGGAUAUCUACAAACAACCUGCAUUUGAUCAUCCUUCUUUGAAGAAUCACACCAUUCAGAUGAAACCAAGCUUGUAUCCUAUAACUAAGAGCAGAAACGUGACAUCGAUGCGAGCCGUGUCGCAAAGCUGGUGGAGAAGUGGAAGUUGUCCGAUGGGUACAAUACCUAUGCGUAGAAUUCGGAAACAGGAACUACUUAAAGCAACCUCUCUUGAGAAUUAUGGAAGAAAAUACUCAUACAUUACUCAUUCAAAUAGGAGUACAAGCCAAAAGACUAACAAGGCACAUACACUGGACUUGAAAUCUAAUAACCUUUACGUCAAUCACUCGACUGCAAUCCUAGUAACUGAAGGAUACGAUUAUAAAGGAGCUAAAGGAGAUAUCAAUGUUUGGAAUCCAUAUGUUGAAAAGCCAAAUGAGUAUUCUGCAUCUCAAGUGCGACUUAUUUCUCUUUCUCGCGAUGGAAGGCAGGAGAGUGUCAAAGCUGGCUGGAUGGUGAAUCCCACUCUGUACGGCGAUACAAGAGCACGAUUUUUUAUAUAUUGGACUGUUGAUCGAUCAAUUGAAACCGGCUGCUUUGAUCUCAUCUGUACAGGGUUUGUACAAACAAACCAUGAAGUUGCUCUUGGUUCUCCAAUUGAGCCAGUUUCUAUUGAAGAUGGUGAGCAAUACGCGAUAGGAAUCUUCAUCUUUCAGGAUGUAAACACAAGCAAUUGGUGGUUAACGUUAGAGAAUAAAGAAGUAGGAUACUGGCCGGGUGAUCUAUUCGUAUUGUUGAAACAAAGUGCGAAUGCGGUUCAUUUUGGCGGGGAAGUAUAUUCAGAAACCAUAGGCAAAGAAGGAGUGCCGCACACAUCAACAGAAAUGGGGAGUGGACAUGAUGCAAGGGGCAAGUUCGGCAUUGCAGCUUACAUUCGUGAUAUCCUGAUCAUCGAUGACUCUUUAACAGAAAAGUCUCCUGAAACGCUUGAUGAGUAAAUUACAGGUACUUCCAGAUAUUAGAUUAUUUCUAAGCAUCUUUUCUUAAUUUCUCAUAGUUUUGGUGUUAAGUUGGGCUGCACAGUUUCUGGCUAGUGGAUCAUGGAUUAAGAAGUCCCCGUUGUAAACAAAGACCAUGGUGGUUUUAUCUAUGUAUAACUUUCUGACUGUACAUUUUUCUUUGCGGUCUCCAUGGUCUGGAAAAAUUCGCUAAGGGCAGAUGGUUUCCAACAGUCUACAACUCCUGCUUUAUCACAUGUUGGUGGGAAGACUGCACUUCCUCCUUGUAAUUGGACAGAACACGCAUCCCCUGAAGGGUAGAAGUACUACUAUAACAGUGUGACGAGUGAAAGCUGGGUAAUACUACCUCUGUUUCUAUAAAAUGCGUCGGUCUCUGUGUAAAUUUACGCACAAACCAGCCUAUUAUUUAGAAACGGAGGGAGUAUUUUCUUUCAUGUCCUUUUUGCUUUUUUUUUUUGUUUUUAAAAAUUUUAGCUCAGUUGUGGAAACAUCUAUAUAUCAUAUGCUGUUUUUACUUGCCAA